AUGAAUGAUUUCGAUAUUUCUCGUAUUGGGCUUGGUGCUUCUCGUCUUGCAGUUGAUUAUACCGAGACAGAAGAACAAUUGUUUAGUAUCUUGAUUGGUAAAGUAAGAUACUAUGAUCCUGAUAUGCUCGUUGGUUAUGAAACACAAAAUUCUUCUUGGGGCUAUUUAGUUGAAAGAGGAGCACAGCUAGGUUAUCAUCUUUUAGAUGAACUCUCUCGAGUCAUUAUGACAACAGAGACAAUCAAAAAAGAUCAAUGGGGCUAUAAAAAAGCUUCUAGUUAUCGAAUAUUAGGCCGCCAUAUGCUGAAUGUAUGGCGACUUAUGCGACAUGAGCUCACAUUAACCAGCUAUACACUUGAGAAUGUCGCAUAUCAUUUACUUCAUCACAGAAUACCACAUUAUGCAUAUUCCAUCUUAACAAAUUGGUAUACUGAAGGACCGCCUAUUCUCAAGUAUCGUUUGUUUGAGUAUUACAUGAAACGCGUUCAACUUAAUUUAGAAAUCCUUGAUGCUUCACAAGUCAUCAGUCGAAUGUGUGAAUCAGCUCGUGUGUAUGGCAUUGAUUUUUAUGCAGUCAUGACAAGAGGAUCGCAAUAUAAUGUAGAGUCUAUUAUGUUUCGUAUUGCAAAGCCAGAGAAUUUCAUGUUGAUAUCGCCUAGUCGAAAACAGGUCGCAUCUCAACGGUCGCUUGAAAUACUGCCUCUUGUGAUGGAACCAAUUUCUCAGUUUUAUAGUAGCCCAAUGGUUGUGCUUGACUUCCAAAGCUUGUAUCCCUCGAUCAUGAUUGCCUAUAAUUACUGUUACUCUACCUGUUUAGGAAGAAUCCGUCAGCCUCAAAGUGAUUCAAGAUUUGGUGUACUUGAAUCGUUUGAAUUAGAAGAAGGUCUUUUAGAUGCCUUAAAAGAGCAUAUUAAUGUAUCACCCAAUGGAGUCAUGUUUGUCAAGCCAGCCAUUCGUAAGAGCUUAUUGGCCAAAAUGCUGUAUGAACUCUUGGACACAAGGGCCAUGGUCAAGCGAGCUAUGAAAGACUACAAGGAUGACUCGGGUCUUUUAAGAAUGUUGGAUGCCAAACAGUUAUCAUUAAAGCUUUUAGCUAAUGUAACGUAUGGUUAUACAUCUGCCUCUUAUUCAGGAAGAAUGCCUUCUGUAGAAAUUGCGGAUAGCAUUGUAUCGACUGGUCGCGAAACUUUAGAAAAGGCAAUUCGUCUAGUCAAUGAGACAGAGAAAUGGGGUGCUCGAGUGAUUUAUGGUGAUACAGAUAGUAUGUUUGUUUAUUUUCCAGGCAAGACAAAAGAAGAAGCGUUCAAACUUGGGCGUGAGAUUGCAGAUACCGUGACCAAGUUGAACCCUGCGCCUGUCAAACUUAAAUUCGAGAAAGUGUAUCAUCCUGCGGUCCUCUUGGCCAAGAAACGUUAUGUGGGUUUCAAGUACGAAAACGAGACGGACACAGAACCAGUGUUUGAAGCCAAAGGUAUCGAAACUGUUCGAAGAGAUGGAAUAGCAGCUACUCAAAAGAUACUUGAAUCAUCUCUUAAGAUUUUGUUUCGUACACAAGACAUGUCUGAAUUAAAGGAGUUUCUGUAUCGACAAUGGACAAAGAUUUUAUCAAAUCGAGUACCCUUACAGGACUUUAUUAUUGCAAAAGAAGUUAGAAUGGGUACCUAUUCAAGUCGAGGUGGGCCUAAUGGUGCAGUCAUUGCUCAAGAACAAAUGAACGUAGACACAAGAGCAGAGCCUCAGUAUGGAGAACGUGUGCCUUAUGUUGUAGUUUAUCGUGGACCUAAUGCAAGGCUAAAAGACAAGGUGUUACCACCAGAACAAGUACUAGCAGACAAUUCAUUGAGGUUAGAUGCUGAAUAUUAUAUUCGAAAGCAAAUCAUCCCACCACUGGCCCGAGUCUUUAAUCUGAUGGGCGUAGAUAUUUUGUCAUGGUAUGAAUCUAUGCCUCGAUCUGUAAAAGUAGCAGCACUCAAUCUGGCUCGGACAACAGAAAACAAGUCUCGAGGCAUUACACGAAUUGACCAAUACUAUGCUAGUUCGCAUUGUAUUGUUUGCCGUCAAAAAGCAGAUCAAUCCAUUUGUGAGCAAUGUCAAAAAGAUCCUGUCACGGUCAUGUAUAAUCUCUAUGCCAGACAACACGCAACUCAAGACAAGUACAGAAAACUGUUGCAAACAUUUGUUAUUUCAGCCAGUCUUGAAUCAUUUGCAGAUGUGCCUUGCAGUUCGCUCGAUUGUCCCAUCUUUUAUCAAAGGCACAAAGCAAAAGAAGAUGUCAAAAUGACAUUGCAUUAUGACACUUUGAUGGAUAACUUUUCCUCUUAG